UUUGUAGAUAUUUCAAAAUUCCAAAAAAAUAUACCUAGUUUUAGCUUUCUAAGCUCUAAUUCACUUAAUUGUACAGAAAUUCAAUUUGAAAGUCUACAGCAAAAUUAAAAAUUAUCUAUACGCAAAAGUUAAAACUCAAGUUCCCUACAAGGAAUAAAACUGAUAUAUUUACAAGGAAAUUUACUUCGGGAAAUCGUGUGACCCAAAAUAACGGAUAAUUAUGAGUCAGAAGAUAACUGCCAAAAUCAGGAUGGGAUAUGCAGUUGGCCACGUACUAAACGAUUUGUGCAAUGCGGUAUGGCUCAGUCACACAUUGCUAUUUUUCGAAUACAUCGUCAGAUUUGAUUCCCAUGUUUCCGGCUACUUAAUGCUGCUAGGACAACUGAUUGAUGCUGUGUGCACUCCAGGGAUCGGUUAUAUUUCCGACACUUACAAAUUGAUUUUCUUUUCAAGAUUUGGAAAAAGGAAAUCUUGGUAUUGCCUUGGAACUUUUAUUACUGUGGUGUCAUUGCCUUUGCUUUAUUCAGAAUGUCCUGGUUGCUCAACGGCAAAUAUGUUUUUCCAGUUCUUUUAUUACUGUUUGAUCAUAAUUUUAUUCCAAAUGGGCUGGGCUGCAGUGGCCACGGUCCAUCUGGCCCUCGUCACCGAGCUCACUUAUUCGGCGAAAGAACGGACGCUGUUGUUAGCGUUAAGAAACAUAUUUACUACUUUUUCAAAUUUGACCGUCCACAUCGUGACCCUUGUCGUACUUCGUGUUGGAAGUCAAAUGUCAAAUGAGGGAUUAUUUUCAAAAAAUGACAUUUGGAAGUUCCAAUCAGUAGUUAUUGCCGUUAUGAUCUCAGGGUGCAUAACGUCUCUCAUAUUUUCUUUGACCGUACCGGAAGCGUUGAUAAUCCAACACUAUUCGUCGUUCACCGCUGAGAAGAAGAGAAUUGUAGACGUACUCAGCCAAUGGGAGCUCUACCGAACAGGUCUCUUCUACAUGUGCACUAGGGUGUACUGCAGCAUCAUGCAGUCGAUGUUGCCGCUGUACAUCCACGAUUCACUUCACAUCAACGUCACCAACGUGGCUUUGGUCCCGCUGACGUUGUACACCGCGUCCUUCUUCGCCUCCCUGAUGACGGGGCCGUUAAACGAGAGAUUCGGUAAAAAGAUAACGUUUUCGUUCGGCGCCAUCCUUGCUGCAGUAGCAUCGGGUUGGAUCCUAUUCCACUCGGACAACGACCAAUUCAAACAUGUUCAAAUAUACUUCGUAGGCAUUUUGUACGGUUCAGCAAAUUCUGUGAUGUUGGUAACGGCGUUAGUGGCCACAACGGACCUUGUCGGCUUUGACACAGAGAACAGCGCGUUCGUUUACGGAAUAAUGACAUUCCUGGAUAAAUCGUCAUGUGGCAUACUGAUCUGUCUUAUCCAAGUAUUCAAGCCUGAAGGAUAUGGGAAAUACUACGAAUACGCUUUGUCCCUUUCGUGCGGGAUCUCCGCCUUCAUAGCAGCUGUGAUCGUGAUAUCGUUCCCGAUGGAAGUAUAUUCAGUUAAUGUUCCAGACCAGAAACCAAAACGCGGGUAUGAAUAGUCGCCGCCACCGAACAAAGUCAAAAAUAUUUUGGAAGCCAAUCAAGACUU